AUGUAUUGGUACUUGUUUGCCCUGAUCCUGUGGGCAACUGGUGCCGUCCAAGCCGAUUUCAAUUGCAGUCAAGCUCCUGGAAAAGAUAUGCAGACAACUUGUAUGAUGAUUCAAGAAUGGGAUUCAAAUGCUCGAAAAGCCAUCCGAAGACGUCAAGCAUUCGAAGGUAACAUCGGUGCACCUGGCAUCCCAGGCAACCCGAAUUUCAGUCCUGCCAUACCGCAACGAUUCGCUCCGUCAGCCCAAGGCUGCAUGAACAUCAUGUGCAUCUGUCCGUAUAUGGGGGGACGUCCAACAGGAAAUGGUUGCAUUUUGCCAAACGGUCAGCCGUACCUGAUGGCUCUUCGAAAGGAAUACAGAAUGAUGACAGACAACGAAAGAAACAGAUGGAACAAUGCAAUUAUUCAACUGAAACGUAGUGGAGAGUAUGAUCGUCUCAGCGUUAUGCACCGACAGGUCGGGUCAUCCUCUGGAGCACACUCUGGUCCAGGAUUCCUCCCAUGGCAUCGUGAAUACAUGAAAAGGUUCAAACUUGACCUAUCAGUUCCCUUAGGAGUUGUAUCCUCAAGCCUGAAAUUUAGGCUUGAAAUCGCUAUCCGCAUGAUUGAUCCCGGGAUUGCAAUGCCAUACUGGGAUUCUGUAAUGGACUCGUAUCUACCAGAUCCACGUGAUUCAAUAAUGUUUUCUCCAAUGUUCAUGGGAGAAACGGAUAACGCUGGACAAGUGAUUCGGGGACCAUUCGCUGGUUUCAGAACCCUUGAAGGACGUCCUAAUAUCGUACGACGUCUUGCAACAGAGGGAAAACUCUUCACCGAACAAAAUAUAAACAACCUGCUGAGUCAAACAGACAUAAUGAACGUUCUCGCCUACACUGCACCACAAAAUGGAUGCCCAUUCCGACCAUACUUUGGAGCAUUGGAGUACACUCAUUCGUCAGUUCAUCUAUGGAUUGGAGGUGAUAUGAAACCACCCAGUACUUCUGCAAACGAUCCGGUCUUCUUCUUGCAUCAUUGCUUUGUUGACUUCAUAUGGGAAAUGUGGAGGCAAACCCGACAGAAUCGAUUUUCACGUGAAACUGCCUACCCACCAGACAUCGGUACGUGCGCCAACUCCCAACACUUCAGUUACGCUCAAAUGAGGCCAUGGGAUAAACAGAAUCGGGACGGCUUAUCCAACGAAUACACGGACUACUUGUACCACUAUGCACCAAGACCGACUUGCUCAGUGCAGAAUCCUAAUUGUGGUUCCCCGUAUUUGUUCUGUGAUACCAGAGGAAGCCCACACUGCGUAGCAAAGGUGAAACCGAAUGGACUUUGCCGUGGAUUCGAGGGCUUGGAUGCUUGCUGGAAUGGGCAAUGUAUAGCCAGUUGGUGUCGACCUGGACAGCCUAUGCAAACUGUUCAAACAACGGCACUGCAAACUAUGCGACCUCAACUACCAACUGCUGCUGCUCAGCUACAACAGAGGCGUCAAACUACACGUACACCAACCACAAUGGCUCAAAGUCUGCAACCAGCUCCAUUUGAAAACGUCAACUGCUACAACGACGAUCCAUGCUGCGACGCUUGGGCAAGGCAGGGCGAAUGCUCAGUGAACUUGGCUUAUAUGAACCGCUACUGUAAGAGGAGUUGCCGCCUGUGCACAAACCCCACGGAUAACCGACCAGGUUGCCACGAUCGACAUCUCUCUUGUGCGUUUUGGCGUGCCCAGAACUACUGCACCCGACGACGUCAGUGGAUGGCCGAGAACUGUCAAGCGUCUUGUGGUUGGUGCAACAUGGGACCACAACAGCUGUGUACUUCGGUGGCAUUUAUGAGCCGAGCGUAA